GACGUGCGCGCUACAAACUUGGCCAACAGCUGAAAGCGAGCAGAAGUUUUUGGAGCGAACGAGAACGAGAACGAGCGAAAACGACGGAAAUGAAGUUGGCUAAGAAGUGCUCCACCUACUUGGUGAUAUGCCUGGUUUUGCUGGCCUGCGUUUUGCAGGAAACGGAGGCCACGCGACGCGUGAACCGCGGUCGUCGCACCCUCACCCGUCGUUACUUCAGCGGCCUUGCCAUACCCGGCUGGGCCAUGAUCGUCUGCAUAGCCCUGGCUGAGCUCUUGAUUGGCGGUGCUUUGUAUUUCAUACUGAAGAAGGUGAUCCUGGAUAAGGAGCCCGACCAGGGUACCACCUCUUACACGCCCGCCCCAGCGGCUCCUAGUACCUACACCCCAGCCCCGGCUCAUGAGACGGCCACAACGGUGACGCCUACGCCCACGCAUGCCACGGCCAUUGCUUAAACGGGAUAAGGAUAAGGAGGAGCAGGAUCCUAGCCAUAGUUCAUAAUUUAAACCUUUUAAAAUCUGUUUAAAUAAUACCCAAAACCUAGCACUAUAUUUCAGAGCUUGUAAGUUCUGUGCCCUUUUUUGUUUGCCUUCAAUUUCGAAUAAAAAAACCUUUGUUACCCAUCCGGCGCCACUUUAAAGUGGCUAUAA